CGUCCGCCCCCGCUGCCAUGUUGGAUUGUGCGGCCGCCACCGCCGCCGCUGCUGCCGCCGGAGAAGGUUUGGAGGAGGAGUUGGGAGUUUAGCGCAGUCGCCAGAGAACGAAGACAACGGCCAUCCGGCCGGAGCCUAGCCGGGCGGGAGCCGGGAGCUUCCCUUUCCCUGCGCGGCCCGUCGUUGGCUCCUCCUUCCCGUGGCCUCCUCCUCCCCGCGCCCGAGGAGCUGCGAGAUGCUGCGCCUCUGAUUCCCCUCCUCCUACCCCUGUCACCGAGAGGGGAAAGAGCGCUCGCCUACUCGCCGGAGACGGCCCUGGACUCGCAACCCCGCCAGCGAAACCAUGAGCUCCGGCCAGCAGCAGCCGCCGCCACCGCGGAGGGUCACCAAUGUGGGGUCCUUGCUGCUCACCCCGCAGGAGAAUGAGUCUCUCUUCACCUUCCUCGGCAAGAAAUGUGUGACUAUGUCUUCAGCAGUGGUACAGCUAUAUGCAGCAGAUCGUAACUGUAUGUGGUCAAAGAAGUGCAGCGGUGUCGCUUGUCUUGUUAAGGACAAUCCACAGAGAUCUUAUUUUUUAAGAAUAUUUGAUAUUAAGGAUGGAAAACUAUUGUGGGAACAAGAGCUAUACAAUAACUUUGUAUAUAAUAGUCCUAGAGGAUAUUUUCAUACCUUUGCUGGAGAUACUUGUCAAGUUGCUCUUAAUUUUGCCAAUGAAGAAGAAGCAAAAAAAUUCCGGAAAGCAGUUACAGACUUGUUGGGCCGGAGACAAAGGAAAUCUGAGAAAAGACGAGACCCCCCAAAUGGUCCUAAUCUACCCAUGGCAACAGUUGAUAUAAAAAAUCCGGAAAUCACAACCAAUAGAUUUUAUGGUCCACAGGUCAACAACAUCUCCCAUACCAAAGAAAAGAAAAAAGGAAAAGCUAAAAAGAAGAGAUUAACCAAGGCAGAUAUCGGAACACCAAGCAAUUUCCAGCACAUUGGACAUGUUGGUUGGGAUCCGAAUACUGGCUUUGAUCUAAAUAAUUUGGAUCCAGAAUUGAAGAAUCUUUUCGAUAUGUGUGGAAUCUCAGAGGCACAGCUGAAAGACCGAGAAACAUCAAAAGUUAUAUAUGACUUCAUUGAAAAAACAGGAGGUGUAGAAGCUGUUAAAAAUGAACUACGAAGGCAAGCACCACCUCCUCCACCACCAUCCAGGGGAGGGCCGCCUCCUCCUCCCCCACCUCCACAUAGCUCAGGCCCUCCGCCCCCUCCUGCCAGGGGGAGAGGCGCUCCUCCGCCGCCGCCAUCAAGAGCUCCCACAGCUGCACCUCCACCACCGCCUCCGUCCAGGCCAGGUGUAGGAGUCCCUCCACCACCACCAAAUAGGAUGUACCCGCCUCCACCUCCAGCCCUUCCCUCCUCCGCACCGGCAGGGCCUCCGCCACCACCUCCACCCCUGUCGUUGGCGGGGUCCGCGGCGCCACCCCCGCCACCGCCACCUCCACCUCCACCGGGGCCGCCGCCUCCCCCUGGCCUCCCUUCUGAUGGUGACCAUCAAGUCCCAACUCCUGCUGGAAACAAAGCCGCUCUUUUAGAUCAGAUUAGAGAGGGUGCUCAGCUCAAAAAAGUGGAACAAAACAGUCGACCGGUAUCCUGCUCUGGAAGGGAUGCACUUUUAGACCAGAUACGACAGGGUAUUCAGCUGAAAUCUGUAUCUGAUGGCCAAGAGUCUACACCACCAACACCUGCACCCACUUCAGGAAUUGUGGGUGCAUUAAUGGAGGUGAUGCAGAAAAGGAGCAAAGCCAUUCAUUCUUCAGAUGAAGAUGAGGAUGAAGAUGACGAAGAAGAUUUUGAGGAUGAUGAUGAAUGGGAAGACUGAUCUAUAUAUUAUAUAUAUAUAUAUAUUUUUAAGGUGAAAUACUAAACACUACUUUCUGUCUAUGGAUUCUGUAAAAUUAUCAUGUAAAUGUUCUACCAAUUUGCUGUAUAUUUUUGUUGCCUUUUUUGCUUUUUUUUUAAUUAAUCUGUGCAAUACCUCAUUUAAUCUGUAAAGGUUUGUCAAAAUCCUCUACAAAGCUACUCCCUGUUACUGUGUGCAAGUUUACACCAGGAUGCUCACUUAAUUUGUGAAUAUUUUUCAUUCCAUCAACAAGGGAGUUUAAAUAUUAUAUGUGAGACUGACAAAAACCUUAAUGUAAUUUAGUUAUAAUGCCAGAAGGAAAACACUAUUUUCAUACCCUACUUUUUCUGUACCUAAAUUUUCUUAUUAAAAUCUAGUAUAGCACUACAUUCUUUUUUAAGUGAUACAGACCUUAGUUUAUUUAGCCCCUUCAUUUUGAACACCAUGCUACAUGAAUGUUGAAGCUGACACGUUGCACAGUUCUCUAGACAUCACUACACUGAUGCAGUUUCUCAAGUUGUAGCAAUAUGCUCUGCAUAAUGUCACUACAGAGACACUGGUUGGGAAAAUUAGUAACACACCUCUUAAAACAAUAUUGCCUGUUCUUGGACAGAAGUGAUAUUUGGAGGCUGGAAUCACAAGGAGACCUUGCAUACCUGUACUUGACUGAGAUUAUUUUUAUGCUAUAGCAAAUGUGGCAGGCUCUUUUUAGCAAAAAUUUAAAAAUACUUUUGGUAUUACUCUUAAACAGUUGUUUAAGUUUUUGCAGUUCGGGGGAUUUUAGGGGUAAUACUCUACAUAAACUGAAGGAGGCUAUACAUUAUGGUUACUUCAGUAUCUGGUUAAAUGCACUAUAAAAAUCAGAACAUUUCUAAAAAUGAUGUGGAAUUAUUUUUAUUGUGUAUUCUGUGUGGAUUGAGGUAUUCAGAAAUAUCCACCAUACAAAUUGAAUCUAGCUGACAAAGGUAAACACUGUAAUGCUGAACCAGUUAUGCUAUUUAAAAUUUUUUAUAUAAUUUCUCAAGGUUUUUGUCAAAUGUCAGGUGAAGGGUUACAUUUUUCUUAAAAGAUUGGUGGCCCCAGUGUUAUAUUUCUUGAACCACAUAACUGAAUGAUAGAUUCUUUUUUUUUUUUUUUAAUAAAACUUUACAACCUGCACAUUUGUUAUGUAUACUAAAUGAUGUGUUAAAAUUAGGGUUUCCUUGCCUCUCUACAGUACACUAAUCUGCCUAAAGGUGGUUGUUUUCAUAUUUAUAGUGCUAAUUAUCAUACCUACCUACUUUAAAUUUUAGGUAGAAAAACGAUCUGAUUUAAAUACAGACACGUAUUUUUCUCACAUUGAGUCAUAUGCAGAAUGUAGUUCCAAAUGUAUUUCAGUACUAUAAUCACAAUAUCCAACUAAAAAUUAAGCUCUCUAGAAUUGUACCGACCAAAAUCUAGUAUUGGCAUGAUCUUGACAGGCUGGACCUGCAAGAUACGGCUUGAGUUUUAACCAUUUAUCACAUAAUCUCUAGUGAUCAUGCAUCUAGUUAUCUUAAGAAAUAAUUUAAAAGGUUUUGUUGCUGAAAGCAGUAAGUGGUGCAGUAAGAUAGUUAAGUUAUUCAAAGAAUGUUACCUUUCUUGCAAGAGUAAUUUAAACACAAGGGAAAGAGUCUAGACUUUUUGUUUCUUGCAAAAACAGUGCCCUCUGCUGCUAGAAACCUUUUUCUGCUUACUCUCAUUUUUAUCGUGGCUUGCGCUCAGUGACGCUGAGUCUGGUGUGGAUGAGGCUGGACAGCUAUUAACCAAUAGAGUUAGGAAUUUGUGCAAAUGGUAAAUAGAACAUUAUAAUUAUUUUAAGUAAUAUUAAACAUCCUUCUUUUUUUUCAUUUUGACAUUUUCAAAAACAUUUUAAGUAUCCUACAAAUGUCUUUAAGGUAAUGCCAACUUAAGAUCUCUCAACUUUUGGCCAAGGAAUUCAGGGUUUUCCAGCUAACUUCGGUGUGAUAAGUAUUAUCAGGAGCUGCUCUGAAUAAAAGGAUAUCAAUUCUUUGAGUUGGAAGCAAUUUUAAACAAAAUUUGCCAAAGGUAAUUGAGUUUAUUCUUCUUGAAGAAAAGAAAAAAAGGCUUUCUGUUUUUGUUAUUGCACAAAGUCUAAAUUACUAUUGGUUGAAACACAGCAGCUAUGGAGUUCAGUCCAGGCAUGAAGACUAAACCCACUGUAGAUGUAAAGGUUGCAUGUUUCAGUCCUCCUCCACCUUGCACUGUGGGCAGCACUGUACCUGUGCGUUGUCUGAAAGCCUCCCAUAUAUUCUGCAGCUAAAUGAUUGUCUGAUAGCCUUCGCAUUUAACAAACUAGCAUGAGGCUUUUUAUAUGCUACGUGAUAGACAAUUUCAGCUAGCCACAAAUUGUAUGUGUGAGAUUCAUAAAGACUUUUCAAUCAUUCAUUUCCAUUUAUCAACUGAAAUUUUGUUUAGUAUGUGAAUUUUUUUGAAAUGUAUAGUGAUAGGAUGUUGCACUGGUGGCAAUUCAUCAUGGAGCAUAAUAAAAUUAAUUUGACCCAAAUAGGCUAAAAUACUGUGUUUUUCUUUAUUGUGGAGAGAUUAAAAUGGAUAAAAACAAUUUUUUUGACUACAGAUUGUAGUAAAGGGUACAGAGCAGUGAAUGAUGAUGGCUGAAGUUCUCAGCAGACUGCAUGCCCUGAGAGAGUGUGCCAUUAAAUAAACAUGGUGAGCAGAAAGAAUGUUACACCCUGUUCCGCUGGGAAAUGUGACAGCUGCUCAGCAGCUCCCUGGAAGCCACAGAACAUUCACAUUGCAAGGUCAAACUGGAGCUCUUGGCAUUCCAGAAACGUUGAGGUUCCCUAAAAUCAGAAUGAUACUGCAGUUUACUGGUUAUUUCAGUAAGCCAGAUACAGGAGUUCAUGUGGGACUUAAGUAGUUCUUAAUCAAUGGAUCAAAGAUGGUUCUUUAAACAGGAACCUCCGUUUGGAUAAAUAGAAUUUUCUGUGCUGCUGACUUUGGCACAAGUGGGUGUCUGAAGAUUAAACUGAGUUAUGGAAUCUAGUGUGUAGGAUGCUACAAAAUGCCUUCUAAGAGCUUUAGCCAAAUUUAAACAUUUCAAUAAUAUGUUCCAUUAAAAAUUUGUUUCUGUUGUACAGAUGUGAACACUUAAGAAUGUAUUGACCAAACUUAGAAAAAAAUUUUUUUGUGAUACAAAUGCCUCAGAAUUGCUCUUGUCACAUUAUAUUUAUCUAAUCAAAGGAGAAAUUCCUGAAAUAACUUACUGUCCUUUAGAAAUGGAGUUCUUAAAGGACAAGUGUAGACAUAAGGUCUAUUUAUAUACAAUAGAAAAUUUUUUAUGGGAAAGAAAAGAGAAAUUUUUGCUUUGCACACUUAUUUUAUUAACAUUUUUACAUCUUACCUCCAAAAUACAGCAUUCUCUCGUAAUCUCUUGGUCUUUCAUUGAUGGAUUUUUUUUUUUAACUUUUGCUUUUUAGUGAAGCCACUGGGAAAAGGUAUAGUAUAUGGGCUGUUAUGAAUAUGAUGGGGAACAUACUUUGCAGUUAGUGCUAAGACUAUCUACAUGUGAUACAUGUAUCCUCCAUUAUAUGAAGGAGUUUGUUGAAAAUUUUGGCUUUAUAAGAAAAUGUCUACAUAAAUUAACCAUAACUUUUUUUUUUUUAAUCUACAUCAGUGGUCAUCCUAACUAUUGAUGCAGUAUUUAAUUUUACACAAGUCCAGUGUAAAUUUAAACUGGUCUGUACCACCAUCAGAACUGACAAAUCAAGAUGUGAAUAGCAUACAAUUAUUUUGAGUAAAAUUUAACAGAUGGUAGCUUAUAGGUGAGUGGUUUUUAGGUUAGGUAUUUGUGUACUGGGGAAUUUCUAGAAAAUUUGAGGUCCCUUAAUUUUUUUUUAGCAGCCACAAAAUAUUUUUAUACUUACUUUAGUAAAGGUUUUCUUUAAAUUUUCUAUUCAAGAGGAAAUUCCAUUUUAACAGUAUUAAGUUACAUUACGGAACUGGAAGUUCCAGGUGUCAUAUUGACAUCACUUUCUGUCUUGGACUGAUGGGCGUGUCUUGACCUAAAUUCAGUUUUAUCUUGGUUAUGGCUAGAUGUGUAAGGAUUUUCAUCCAAGCCCAAGUCUAAGAAUUUUUAAACAUCAAUAUCCCCAUAUUUAAACAAUUGUUUAUUAGGACUAAAUAGGUGGUGGACAUUAAAAUAUUAUGCAAUAAGGUAGAUCCCUCCCUCUUUACAUCUAAAAUGCUUAUUUCACAGCAGAAAGACUGCUGCAGAUCAUCAAGUUCCAUCAAGACAACUCUCAUCGGAGUGGUUGAGGGGCUCACCUGAGUUCUGUCAAAAGGAGCUAAGACUAGAAUUCAGCCUUGACUACUAGUUCAGUUGCAUCUUUAUGCACCAUAAUGCUGUUUUAUCCUUGUUUUCUGUAUUUUUCAUAAAUUACCAAUAAAUUGCUGACUUAAUUUUG